AAUAAAAUUUACAACAUAGAAUAAAGUCGUCCUGGCUAAAACACUCAUUAGCCUGCACUAAAGCAGACACUUUCUAACAUUUCGAGUAUCCAAUUUUUUUUUAAUGGACCAAAAUUACCUACAUUCCAAGAUGUCCCGUCGUGUCAUAAACGUGUAUGUGCCACCGGUCAGCAGUUUCCCGGAGUUGAAACUUCUCGGCGGAUAUGGGCUUAAGGAUCGGAUCGAGCUGCCCAAAACGAGCGCAAAACCGAAACCCGAAAGGAGCACUGGGAACGUCAUGCAGAAGGAUCUGCACUAUCUUUAUGUCAUCGAUAGCAUGGGUCGCCUUUUGGAGCAUGUGCGGUAUUAUGGCGAGGACUAUCGCUCGGCCCUGAGGGAAUCCUUUGGCGGUGACCAGGACACCGAGGAUGCACCGAAGAAGGUGACGGACUUAGUAGCGGAACUCCAAUCACGUUCUUCGUCUCGACUUCCCACUGUUAGGCCCGAGACCCUCGGUCCUUGUAACCUGAGAUUGUAAAAAAAAACACGAGGGAUAAUGGAUUAUCAAAACUUUAGUCAAAUAGCACAAAAACGAAUGAAUUACAUAAAGACAGAGGUAUAAAUUUUCUGUAAAAAAAUUAAAUGAAUACUUUAUGGCGCAAAAUUCUGAAAUAAAUGUUAAUAUUUUG